AUGAUCCAAGACGGUGUCAUACCAUUGGCUGAAAUUGAUUCUCUAUCAAAAGAAAUUGAAUGUAUCAUGUGUCUUAAUACGGCUAACGAUUCUCGUAUGUGUAUUCAUUGUUCUGUUAUUGUAUGUGCAAAAUGUAUUGAAACUUGGAUUAAUAAGCAAAAGACAUGUCCAAAAUGUUUUCAUCCAGUUCAAGAAACAGAUUUUGUAAAAUGUCGCCUAGUGGAUAAAAUAAUCGAAUUUAUUGAAGUAGUAAAAUCAAACAUUUGUUCUAAUCAUCCAAAAGAAACACCAAGAGUUUAUUGUUCAACAUGUAAGAAAUAUGUUUGUUUCGAAUGUAUUGUAACUGAUGGUCAACAUGUCGAUCAUGACUACAAAUAUAUCGAUGAAGACUAUAGAAAAAUCAUUUCACUUAAUCAUAAACUUCUUGACUUUCUUCGGAAAAGACGUAAAAAUAAUCAAGAUAAUCUUGCAACUCUCGAAUUAGCUACUCAGAUGUUACUUAACGAUCAUAAUGACAAUAUAAACCAUGUUAAUACAGUUCAACAAACAGCAACAGUACUAAUCAAAGAAACACAACGGACAUUCGAUAAUUAUCAACAGAAGAAGCAAACGUAUGUCGACGUGAUAAAAAUCGAUGAAAUGAUUAUCAAAAAUAUCGAACAACGUCUUUCUGAAAGUCAAAAUUUAUCUGAUCAAGAAGAAAUCCUUCAAAUCCUUCAAGAACAUAUUCCUUCAAUGUCUGAAUAA